AUGGCAAACGAAAAGAUCGGAAUGAUGACGUUUGAACGGUUACCAAAUGAGAUUGUUCUUGAGUGUUUGGAAUAUCUCAGUGCAUUGAACAUCUUUUAUUCAUUCAAUCAAUUGAAUAAUCGUUUCGAUCAACUCAUUCGAACGAUUCCAUUAUAUAUCAAUGGUGAAUUUGCUUCCAAAUCGAUAUUCGAUCAAUUCUGUCUUCGAAUGCUAUUAGAUCCGACUAUUAAACGCCAGAUUUCUUCGAUAAACCUCUCAGGUGAUCCAACAUGUUAUCAAAUCCGAUCGUUUCUUUCAUUUGUCUCACUCGAUGAACUUCCGUCUCUUCGAUCAAUAACACUAACUCGACUAGAAAAAAGCGAUGCCAGUAAAUUUAUAUCUAUCUUACCCAACUUGCCCAAUUUACGAUAUCUACACUUAAUCGAACCGACCAAUGAUGUUAAAUGGGGAUCAACAUUUCUCCCGAUAUCCAACUCAGUCGAAUCCUUAUUACCAGCUCUAUUUCACUUUCAUUCUCUGACGCAUUUGACCCUUUCGAACUGUUCAUGUUUCGAUUUAAGUCAUUUACUCGAAUAUGCUCCAAUGUUGAACUAUGUCAAUUGCCAUCAGUUAUCAUUUCAUUCUCGUUGGUCAUAUUGGUUCUCAAAUUUUAACAAUCACAAGGCUGUUUAUCUGAAAAAAAUGAGUUUAACAGGUUUCUUUGCGCCAUUUGAAUAUAUCGAAAUACUGACCAAACAAACACCGAAUCUAACGAAUCUAACGAUAUCCUCGAUUGUCAAUACAGAUAUUGUUGAUGCAGAUCGUUGGCAAAGCCUAAUCACAUCUUCACUUCCUCAUUUGAAAGUUUUCAAAUUCAGUUUCGAAUUCCUCUUCUACGAUAAUGAUGUUUCGAACAUUAUCGACAAGUACGAUCACUUUCAAAAUGACUUUUGGCUCAAAGAACAUCGUUGGUAUACCGAAUAUUCAUAUGAAGAAGAUCGAGCGAAAAUCUAUACUGUACCUCUCGGAGCAUUUCCUUUCAUUUUAUCAACCCAGCUGACUACUGGUGAUUAUUCAAAUACUCUGCCGAAAAUAUCCAACAAAUUUGACAAUAUCAACAUCUUAACAAUUUAUCACCCGGACGUGCCAAACAAAUCGAAGUAUUAUUUUCCAAAUGUGAAGGAGUUGAAAUUGAACUUUUGCGAUGUUGAACAAAAUCAGAAUGUUCCUAUUUUAACCGGGUCUCAAUACGUUCAAUCGUUGAAAUCGAUUGUGAAUCUAUCGCAUGUAACCUAUUUAGAAGUCAUACACAAUCCAGAAAUAGAUAUCGUAUAUCUAUUGACCAACAUAUUUCAAGAAGCACGACAAUUAUCUCGAUUAUGCAUUAACUCGCAUCAUAUUUCAGUUUUAUUAGAAAGCAGUCCGUUGUAUAAACAUUUGAAAACUCUUCGAAGAUUGUGGAUCGCUUCGUAUCCCACGUGUUUUACUAAUGUAGCUGUAAUGAAAAAAUUUUGUCGAAUAUUUUCCGGUCUCGAAUAUUUGUCAUGUGGUGUCAAGGAAACAAAUCAUUCAUUAGUCUUAUUAAGACAGUUACCAAGUCUAUCUUUUUUGGUGAUUGAAUUUGAAAUAUAUGAAAAUCGAAUAGAUUCAAUAACAUUGGAAAAUGAGUUACGCGAAAUGAAUGCGUUGUUUCGGAUUGAACACAAUGUGACAGCUUGGGGAAAUGGAAUAGUGUCGCAUCGAACAUAUUUGCGGGCUAUUCUAGUUUUUCAUUUGUAUGAUCAUUUAAUAACACUUGAACUUGUUCAGAAAAUAGGCGAAACUAUAUUUGUUAUUGGUUAUUUAAUCUUUUGUUUUAACCAAUUAAAUGAUACUGCGAGUGACGUAGCAAUUAUCGCAUCGAAUACUCAUCGUGUACAAUCAUUUAUUGAAUGUAUGAAAAAUAUCAGUGUAGAUCGUUUCGAAACACAAAUCGAAGAAGAUAUGAUGCAUCAUGAUGAAGUUCUUCUCAUUCGAAAUCUUUCCUACACUCUUCCGAAUGAUGAGCAAAUGAUGCUGAUGAACAAUUUGAAUUUAAUAUUAUAUCCGCAACAGCGUUUAUUAAUUGCAGGAGGUAGUGGUGUUGGUAAAACAUCUUUGUUUCGUGUUCUACAUUCUUUAUGGCCAAUGAAGUCGAAUGGUUUGUUUUCGUACAAACCUGAUCAAGCUUACUUACUUCCACAACGUCCCUAUUUUACUAAUUGUUCUUUGUAUGAUGAACUUCGUUAUCCUCAUGUUGAUAGGUAUAUCGCUCAAACGCAAAUCGAACAACUACUCAAUGAAUAG